CCGUGUACAGAGAGUUCAUAAUUCGGAUCUGCGUUACAUGAUCAUCGAACAUUAGUUAGUACUCUAAUGCCUAAAGCAAUGUGCAUAAGGCCCGUAUAGCCCGAAAGGACUGAGCCAAGACUGCUGAAACUAACAAGUGUGUCAGGAUGCUCUGGCCCAAGAACCUUCUCUCUGUCUCUCAAAGCCCGUUGAUGCAUGGCUUCCGCCUCAUUAUUCUUGCCCUGCUCUCAAAGGGCCAUGCCAAGAUUGCUGACACAGGUCAGUGUUGAGGGAUGCUCCGGCCCCAGCAGUUUUUCUAUGACUCUCAAGGCUCGCCGAUGCAUGGUUUCUCCCUCUUUGUACUUGCCCUGGCUGUGAAGAACCGAGCCAAGAUUAUCAAUGGUGGUCUACACAGAUAGAUCCAAAGAAAAAGGUUAAAAAAGUGCGCAGCUGCAGGUUCAGGCUGGGUGGGCUACUGGGGCA